CGACCUUGGGCUCACUGUCCGCAAACACACCUCCACAGUGCCUCCAAACGGUCACAAUCAACAGCUUACUCUUCCAGAACACCAUCCAAACGUCUAUUGGGCGCCGAGUUCGACGUGCGCAACCGCGGACUUCCUUAGCGCCUGUCGCAACCAUGUCGGUGGUUUCUUUGUUGGGUGUCAAGGUCCUGAACAACCCUGCCCCAUUCACUUCACCAUACGAGUUUGAAAUCACGUUCGAAUGUCUUGAGCAGCUUCGUGAAGAUCUCGAAUGGAAACUCACCUACGUGGGCUCUGCCACGUCGGCGGAACACGACCAAGAGCUUGACUCUCUGCUCGUAGGGCCCAUCCCUAUCGGUGUCAACAAAUUCAUCUUCGAAGCCGAUCCUCCCAACCUAUCUCGCCUGCCGCCAUCCGAGAUCCUCGGUGUGACAGUGAUCCUCCUGACCUGCUCCUACGAUGGAAGAGAGUUCGUGCGCGUCGGGUACUACGUGAACAAUGAGUAUGACGACGAGAUAUUGAAUGCCGAUCCGCCAGCCAAGCCCCUCAUUGAAAAGAUUCGCCGGAAUGUGCUCGCGGAGAAACCCAGAGUUACUAGAUUCGCGAUCAAGUGGGAUUCUGAAGAAUCUGCUCCAGCCGAAUAUCCUCCCGACCAGCCUGAAGCCGACACCCUCGACGACGAUGGAACCGGCUAUGGCGCAGAAGAAGCAGAAAUGCAAGCAGCGUUAGAGAAAGAAUUGGAAGAGACCGAGGCCAAGAUGGCGCAAGAACACACGGCCAAUGCCGAUCAGGAAAUGACGGACAGCCACAAAGUCAAAGAAGAAGAGGAAGAGGGUAGCGAUGCUGAAAGUGAGGAUCUUGAGGAGGAGAGUAGUGAGAGUGAAGACGACGAAGAAGAUGAGGAGGGUGCAGAAGGUGAGGAUACAGAGAUGGCAGAGGGCGAUGAGAAGUCCACCACUGCUCCCAACACGGCUUCCGCGGAGGCCAAUGGCGAAAGUAAAGCCACAGAGACCAAGCCGGAGGUCAUGGUUCAUUAGAGCAACGUGGAAUCACAUUGCACUGGUUUCGAAUCCGACAGCAAGGCGUUCGGCGUAUGGGAUGGGUGGUAUUCACGUGGAGAUAAGCCAACACGCAUGCAUAUUAGAUGAGACGAAGAGCAUGACUGAUCGAGGACAUUAUUUCGACCGGAGUCGCGGACACCAUUGCCCCAGCGAGGUGGUAUUGGCAUAUGCUUGCCCUGGUGGUACAUAUUGAACAGAGGUGUAGCUAAUCGCUGGAAAGAAUUCUGCUUGACCCGAGUCCCUUAUACCGUUCUCUGCCGUGGAAAAGCAAG